GGUGAGUCGAUCGCACGGCGCUGGACGAUCGCACAUCUGCAGAGCAUCGUCUGACUUGCGGGCAGUGUAUUUGCCAUAAUUGUACACAACGACCUUGCUGUCGUGGCUCUGGUCGCUGUCUCGUGGGCGAUUGACUCCCUACAUUCACUUGGUACCGACCGUACGUGCGCACCCCACAGCACCACAGCGACUCGUCCAUGGCACCCCUUGGCCAUCCGCACGACGAUCUGGCCCCCUGGCCUUCCUCGCCCUCCGCCAAACCGCUGCCAGGCUUGGCUGCUAUGAUUGUAGGCAAAUCUGACGACCGCAAGGUCGAAGCAGAGGAAGGUGUCGAGGAGGGUGUUUAUGAGGGCGUAGAAGACGAUGCGGCCGUCGAACGUCGUCCCAUCUAGCCAGGCCUCGUGGUCCUUGGCGGCCGUCUCCUCGCAUGUCCCCAAUGCCGCGUCCGUCCCUCGCCCGCUCUGUGCUUAUU